AAUUCACAUCUUAUAUAUAUAUAUAUAUAUAUAUAUAUAUAUAUAUAUAUAUAUAUAUAUAUAUAUAUAUAUAUAUAUAUAUAUAUAUAUAUAUAUAUAUAUAUAUACACACACACACACACACAGUCACACAAACCCUUGUGUAAUUUGCAGGGUCACGCACAUGCACACACCCACUUACACUCGCACACAAGCACACACCCCUGCAUGUGAGCACAACGUCACACUUUCAACUCACUAACUAACUCCCUCCUGUAUAUAUUUCACUUUAAUAGUUGUAUGUGUAUAUAAACGGUUAUUUUGAUUUCAAAAGCCCCUUUUGCCAUGUUAUAUUCCUUUGGAGAAUGAAAUCAACCAUGAUUUUAAACUAUGUAUUAUCAAUAUUCAUUAUUCCAAACAUGAGAAAGCAUUCAGCAAACAUAACUGGAAUCGAGCAAAAGGACUCCAAAUCCCAACGGCCAAACCCGUAAGUGAAGUGCCGGCAUUAUUGACUCGAGCUGUAACGCAAAUUACUUGGUUUAAACGAACAUUCUAGUGCAAUCGCACAAAUGUGACGACUGUGUCAAAAUAACUAAAUAAAAGACACCACUGUUACAGAAAGACUUUACACGCUAUUUAAACUGCUGAUCGCGAACGGAAUGAACCGUGAUUGAAACUAACUGUGAUGCUGCUCUUUACACUGGCUGUCACCUGUCAGUGGCAGCCCCGCCCCUCUGAAAGCGCCAGAUAAAGUCACCAACAUGGGUUUCCCUGGAUGGAUUUUGUUUGAUUUCUACAUGAUAUUUGCGGUCCUCGGGCCCACUUUAUAUCUGUGGACGAAGGAUUAGAGGCUCAAAUCCUUCGUUGUGUCAGAGGACCGGCAACCUGAGGCCAAGGCCAAGGACUUGACUCUGAGGCCAAGGCCGAGGACCAAGGACUUGACUCUGAUGUCAAGGCCGAGGACCAAGGACCUACCUCCGGUUCUCGAGCCGGUCCAUGGCCUCGAGGACUGGCUCGAGGAACACAUCACUGGUACCAACCAAGGCCCUCUGCUCCUUCAACAAUAACAAGCCAUGGUUCACUCCCAAACUCAGGCAGCUUGGAAAAGAGAAAGAGGGCGCAUUUAGAAGUGGAGAUCGGGCAGUGUACAAACACGCCGAAAACCAAUUGACAAAGGAACUUAACAUCGCAAAGAGAAGCUAUGCAGAGAGGCUGGAAAAACAUUCUCUGCUAACGACUGCAUCUGUGUGGAAUGGCCUGAAAGCAAUCACAAACUAUAGAUUGCCAUGCCCCCAAACAGUAAACAAUAAGGGUCUGGGUGAUGAACUAAACAUGUUUUUCUGCCGAUUUGAAAAGGACACCGCCAUUUCCCACAUACACCCAUCUCUACCAGAAACUACUCUAUCUACGCCCCCACCCUCAUUCUCUCCCAUACAGAUCCACGAACAGGACGUGAAGCAGCAGAAGAUCAAGAAAGCUGCGGGGCCCGACAAAGUGUCCACCUCCUGCCUGAAAGUAUGCGCUGACCAGCUUGCUCCGGUCUUCACACAAAUCUUCAACAGAUCCCUGGAGCUGUGUGAUGUCCCAUCCUGCUUCAAACAGUCGACCAUCAUCCCAGUUCCCAAGAAACCGGCAACAUCGGAACUGAACGACUCUAGGCCUGUCGCUCUGAUGUCUGUGGCCAUGAAGUCCUUUGAACGCCUUGUGCUGAACCACCUAAAGAAUGUCACCGGACCCCUGCUGGACCCUCUUCAGUUUGCCUACCGGGCAAAAAGGUCUGUGGAGGAUGCAGUCAACAAAGGCCUGCACUACAUCCUCGAGCACCUCAACAGCACAGGGACCUACGCAAGGAUCCUGCUUGUGGAUAUAGCUCUGUGUUCAACACCAUCAUCCCGGAACUCCUCACCCCCAAACUUCUCCAGCUCGGUGUGUCCCCUACGAUCUGCCAGUGGAUCCUCAGCUUCCUGACGGGACGGACACAACAGUCUUCAGAUCUACUCGGGACCUGUCUUAGAUCUACCGGUAGAUCAGGAUCUACCUAAUGGGCACCCCUGCUCUACACGAACGAUUGCACCUCAACAUGCCCAGCUGUCAAACUCAUAAAGUUUGCAGACAACACCACGGUCAUCGGUCUCAUCAAAGACGGCGACGAGUCUACGUACCGACAACAAGUGGAGCAGCUGGAGCUCUGGUGCAGGGCUGACAACCUAGGGCUGAACACGCUCAAGACUGAAGAGAUGAUCGUGGACUUCAGGAAGCUGCCUCUCACACUAUCCAACUGUCCUGUGUCAACCGUCGAGACCUUCAAGUUACUGGGAAUCACAGUCUCCCAGGACAUGAAGUUGGAGGUCAACACCAACUACAUCCUGAAAAGGGCCUAGCAGAGGAUGUACUUCCUGAGGCUGCUGAGGAAGCAUGGCCUGCCACAGGAGGUGCUACGAGAGUUCUGCACGGUAGUCAUUGAAUCAAUCCUGUGUUCUUCCGUCACGGUUUGGUUUGGGGCUGCCACAAGAAAAGACAAAAUCCGACUUCCACGGACAGUUAGGACAGCGGAAAAAAUCAUUGACACCGCCCUACCCACUCUUGAGGACUUGCACACUGCAAGAAUCAAAACAAGGGCACAGAAAAUCCUACUUGAUACCCCGCACCCUGCCCACCACCUUUUCCAGCUACUCCCCGCAGGCAGGCACUACCGACUCAUGCGCACUAAAUCCAGCAGACACUUAAACAGCUUCUUCCCUCUUGCCAUUAACUCCCUAAACAGUCACUGACGUAUACUGCACCGCACCAGACACUUCAAAGCACUCAAGGACAUCUGCAUAAUUGCACACUUCUUGUCCUACAAAUACUGCCACUGGUCACUUUAAAAUGGUUCAAUGAUUUUCUGCAGCAACUGUACAGCUGUUAUAGUAUUGUAUUCUACCACUGAUCACUUUAGCUCUGCUUGAUACUUUGCACAUUGUCUCACAUUUGUCACUGGGUGGUACCACUGCACUACGGUUCACUUACAUUACGAAAUGUCCUUCCAUAUGUAAUUUUUCCAUACUUAUUUGUCACGUCCUUCUUUAUGAUGAUACUAAUGCAGCAUGUUAUACCGGAGACAAAUUUCUUGUGUGUUCUACAUACUUGGCCAAUAAAGAUGAUUCUGAUUCUGAUUCUGGAGCUGCAAAAAAAUAAAAGCCUUCUAUAAAACGUAGGAGACUGGACUGUCUCCGAAUUGUUUGUUAUUCAUUCCUUUGUUGUGUGUUCACAAACGCCACUAUAGAAUUUAUUUUGUAAUUUCCUCGCUUAAUUUUUUUGUUUGUUUUGGUGCAUUAUUUUCGCUUUUCUUAGUGUCAGUGAAGUGAUCAUUAAUAUCCGUUUUCUGAGGCUGUCUUUGAACGCCUCUCGAGUUGAACGGAGUCGGACGCAGACGUGUCU